AUGUCAUCCCUUAUUAAAAAAGAUUAAAAGAGAGCUCCAAAUUAGUACUUAGAUUUCGAUUAAUUGGUUCAUAAGAAAUAUCACUAUGAUCAAAAGAAAGCUAAUGACUAAUCUGUUAAAUAAGAAUAGUAUAUUCUUGAUCUUAAAAAAGCGUACUAUACUUAAAUAAUUAGUUAUGAUUAACAAAAACUAGAGAUCGAACCUUUAUUCCAGAAAGUUGAGUUAUUGUAAAUAGAAAGAAAAUAAUUGAUGGAUGAAAUCGAGCAAUAUAAAAUGAGUUAAAUGGAAAUUCUUAAAAAAUAUGAAUUCGAAUACCAAGAGAAGGAUAAAUUAAACAAAGAAUGUGCAAAGCUCAAAUCAUAAAUUUAAGCCUAAUAAAAGAUGCAAUUGCCAAAAGAGUCUUAAGAGAAAAAAUGCCAUGAAUUAAAGGAAUCGCUAUUUGUGACUAUUAAGCAUAUUCUGAAUGACUUCUUAGACAACUACAAUCAUAUUAUGGGAUUCAAAGACGAAAGUGAAUUAUCGAGCAAUUUGUUGGAGGAAUUACUUUAAUAAAUUGAUGAUUCAAUUAUAAUGUUUGUAGACAACUUACCUGCUGAAUCAAACAAAUAAUUACAAUCUGAAGAGCUUCAACACUUGAAAGAGCAAAUCGAAAAGACUCUUCAAACGGUUUCAAAUUUGUAGGCCGAGAAUUAAGAUUUAAGUACAGCCUUGGACAUUGAAAAAUAACAUAAAGAAAAAAUAAUCAAUUAAAGAAACAAUUAAUAGCAAGUAAUCAAUCAAUUAAAUAAUUAAAUUGAAACAAUCACUAAUGAGAAGAAAAAUCUUGAGUCUUAAAUAUAGGAAAUAUAAAUGAAAAAUCUAGAAUUUUAGUAAGAUAUAUGUAGAGUAAAUGAUUUCAAGGAAGAAGAAAACGAAAAACUAAAAAGUGAAUUUAUUGAUUCAAUUAACGAGCUUUAAAAAUAAAUCUCAAAGUUAUAAAUAGAAAAUUCGAAAUUGACUUCAUUGGUUUAAAAUAAUACUUAACAAUAAAGUAAGGACAUAGAAAUAUUGAAUAAUAAGCUUAGAGAAUUGGAAAGUAAGCUAAAUUAGGAAGAAAUUAAAUAUGAAUAAAAAUCUAGAGAGAUGAUAAGAAUUGAAAAAGAAAUGAAUUAAUAUAAAGCUGAAGCAACAAAACUAUUUGAAGAAAAUAAUUUAUGCUAAAAGUAAUUGGAAGUAAUCAAAGAAAAAAGAAAGUAGGAUAAAGAAGUUCUAGAUUAAUAAAAAGAAAAAUUCAAGAAACUUAAAUUACAAUUGUAACAGUCAGAAAAUGAAUCGUAAACUAAAAUAGUUUAAUUAGAAGAAUAAAUAACAUAACUGACCUAAUAGUUGGAAUAAGAUAAAUCUACUUAAUAAAGCAAUUAGAAUACAGAAGUUUUAAUGGAAAAAGAGUUAGAAUUAUCAAAGUUAGAUUAACUUGUUUCGGAAUAAACUUAAAAAAUCAAUGACUAAAAGUAAUAUAUUUUGGAAAUGAAAAUUCAGAUCAAUUCAUUGGAAUAAGAACUACAAGAUUUAAGACUUACUAAUCAAUAGCAUCAAGAAAGAAGGGCAGUAGCUUUUAGUGAAAUUAAUCGUUUAGAACAAUAAAAUUCUAUUUUAAAAUAAGUAAUUUAACUAUCACUAUGUUAGCGUAUCAAUGAUUAAGAUCAAACCAUAAAAUAGCUACAAUCUGAAGUUUAAGAACUUGUGAAGUAACCGAAAAGUAAUUCUCAAUAAAAUCAUACUCCCACUCAUCAUCAAAGUUAUUCUAAAACCCUGAUGAAUGAAGCCACUACUUUAGACUCAUCUAGACUAUCUGAUACAGACUCUUAAAUAUCGAAGACAGCCAAAGCUGCUUCUUUAAUUUUGAAUGGCUUAAAUUAUUUUAAACUCAGACCUUAAGUUACUAAUUCAUAAAUUGAAGAUCCUAAUAGAAAAAAUGCUGAAAAGGCUUUAUAAAAGUAAGCAGCUGAGUUGAAAUCCAAUUUAGAGUAAUUGUAUAAGAGUUUCUUGUCCACUUUAUUACUAAAUUAAGUUAAUGAUGAGAAGUUUUUGAAGUUUGAGAGACAAAUUAACGAAUGCGUUAAAAAGACAUAAGAUUUAAAUGAUAAUAUAGAGGAUUUUUUUUGA